AUGGGCGGCGAAGUGAAGGGCGGGCAGGACGGCCGCACCCACAAGGGCAACACGAUAGAUGACAUCCCUCUAUGGACCCUCGCCUGGACCUACUGGGGCUUCAUCUGCGCCAUCUUGACCGCUCAUUUUAGGCGGCUCAUCUUCUGGGUCUGUACGUUGCUUGGCUUCCUGCAGGAGGAUUCUGCCUUUCUCAGCGCUGCGGGAGAGUGUCCUCUGUUGAAGGAGAAGGAGUACUUCUACAUGCGCUACAUGUUCGGAAGGAUCCGAGAUUGCUGGGAUCGCCCGAUUUGCAGCCGGCCCGGCCCCUUAUUCCAGCUCAUGGGGCGCAUCUUCAACUACAGCAUAUAUGGCACCUUCACCUACACCGGCGAGAAGGUGCCUGGGAUCAAUCUCGGUUCCUACAACUACCUCGGCUUCGCCGAGAACGCUGGCACAUGCAUCGACCACGUUAUCGAUGCCGUGAAUGCCUACGGCGUCGGCCCUGCUGGGCGCAAGAUUGAAGUCGGAACCAUGGACCUGCACAAGGUGCUGGAGACGCGGGUGGCCAACUUCGUGGGCAAAGAAGACGCCGUGGUCUUCGCCAUGGGCUACGCCACCAACUCGUGCUCUCUCCCCGCCCUCGCCGGACCGGGAGGAUUGAUCAUCAGCGACUCACUGAACCAUGCGUCGAUCGUCACGGGCUGUCGCACUUCGGGAGCCAAGAUCAAGACCUUCAAGCACAAUGAUCCCCAGGACUUGGAGAGGGUCAUCCGGCAGGCCAUUGCAGAGGGUCAGCCCCGCACGCACAGGCACUGGAAGAAGAUCCUGAUCGUGGUGGAGGGUAUCUACAGCAUGGAGGGCGAGAUCCUGCGUCUCCCCGAGAUUAUCGCCAUCAAGAAGAAGUACAAGGCCUACCUCUACGUCGACGAAGCGCACAGCAUCGGCGCCCUGGGCUCGCGCGCCAAGGGCGUGUGCGACUACUAUGGCACUUGGGGCUCGUUGUCCUUACGUGAUGGCCACGUGUUGCUCGCAUGCGUCGACCCCAAGGAGGUUGAUAUCCUGAUGGGCACCUUCACCAAGUCGUUUGGCUCGGUCGGUGGCUACAUCGCGGGCGAUAAGGACUUCGUCCGCUACCUGAGGCAAACGUCGUUCUGCAGCAUGUACGAGGAGACCAUGUCCAUUCCCUGCGCGCAGAUGAUCAUCUCCGCCCUCAACGUCAUUACCGGAGCCGACGGCAGCAACGAAGGUCAAAAGAGGAUCAAGGCGCUGAGGGACAACAGCAACUUCUUCAGGAACAAGCUCAAGGAGCUGGGCUUCCGUGUGGCCGGAGACGAGGACUCUCCCGUCAUUCCCCUCAUGCUCUACCAUCCCGCCAAGAUCGCCGGCUUCUCCCGCCUUUGUCUGCUCGAGAACGUGGCGGUGGUGGUGGUGGGCUUCCCGGCGACGUCUCUGCUGGCGUCGCGCGCUCGGUUCUGCAUCUCGGCCGGCCAUACACGAGAGCAGCUGGAGCGGGCGCUCGACUCCAUCAGCGACAUCGGCGAUCGGCUCAUGCUCAAGUACGGCGAGGCCUGA